AUGUUCGAGCCAGGAGGAUCAGAAUGUCGGAAGAAAACCAAGCCCUUCAAAGACAGCUUAUGCAAAAACGCGAGCGAGAGCUUGGAUAUAUACUGUUUGGAUGCUGACAGUACCCUAUUUGAUGCUGCCUUGCUUGCUGCAGCUGCUGCCUUCUCCCAUUGCGAGAAUUUGGAUGACAAGAGCUGCAAGAGUUCGAUCUUCAGUUUGAGAGUUAGCAGUAAACGCCCAGGGGGUGAUGUUGAGAAGUGGAUUGAUGUGAUUCGGAUCGGGUUAGAGGGUAUAACGGUUAAUGAUGCGAAUAAAUCGUUUAAUGGAGUCUGUUCUAGGCUCGAGGAUAUGCUGGAUAGUUUGUCGACAUUGCUUUCGGAAAAUUCUGUGUUGAAUAAAGACGAGUUGCUUCAGUUGGCAUUUGCUGCUAUUCAGUUAGUUAAUUCGGUAUUUUGUUCCAUGAACCAAAAUCAAAAGGAACAGAGCAGGCACAUAAUGUCGAGGUCUUCAUCUUUUUCUAUUGCGAUUUUAAAUGUUUUUGUUCUUUAUUGUUGUAUGAGUUUGUUAUCUAAACGGGUUCGGGUCAGUUUCAGGUUGAACCCCCCAACCCGUUUAGCUAAACGGGUCAGGUUCGGGUCAACCUGGUCGGGUUGGCGGUUGACCCGUUUAACUCAUUUCUGUAAUAUUAUAUUUUUACAAUAUGUUUUAUGUUAUAAAUUAAAUUUGAUGUGUAUUUUAUGCUAUUCUUAUAACUUAAAAAUAGAAAUUGACAUAAGCUUUUAUGAUUUUAAUUUGCUUAAACCUGUUGUAGACAAGAAACUACUAAGGGGAAGGGCGACUACAUGGGCAUACUUGGCAUACAUGUUUGUUCUUAAACACAUUCCGCAAACAAAGUUUCCUGUGCUAUGCACGCCUUAA